AUGGCUACCACCAAAGCUAUCGUUGUGGUGCAGCUGAAGGUUGCCGCGGUUCGCGAUGUGCUCAUGCCCAUGAUUCAUGAUGACUGGGUCCUCGUCAAAGUCAAAGCCGUUGGAAUCAAUCCCACCGACUGGAAGCACGUCAGUUACGGAGCUGCAGAUAUCGGGUGCAGAGUAGGAUGCGAUUACGCCGGCAUUGUGGAGGAGGUUGGGAGUAAAGUCUCCAACUUUGUAAAGGGUGAUCGUAUCACGGGUUGGAUUCAUGGCUCAAAUCGAGCGAACCAUGAAUCGGGAGCAUUUGCCGAGUAUGCCAUUGCAAAGGCAUCCGUCCAGAGGAAAAUCCCCGACAAUUUGAGCUUUGAAGAAGCGGCAACCUUGGGGGUUGCCAUCAUGACCGUUGGACAAGGCAUGUAUAAGAACCUCCAACUGCCAUUGCCUACAGCGCCAUGCAGAGAACCCUUCCCCCUUCUUAUCUACGGCGGGAGCACUGCGACAGGCAUGGCCGGCAUCCAGUUUGCCAAGCUCUCCGGCCUGACCGUCAUUACGACCUGCUCCCCUCGCAACUUUGACUUGGUGAAAGGCCUGGGGGCCGAUGCCGUCUUCGACUAUAAGUCGCCAACCUGUGCCGCAGACAUCAAGCAGCUAACCAAGAACCGCCUGACGUAUGCAUGGGACUGCACGGGCGAGGGUGCGGCCAUCUGCGCGCAGGCCAUGUCGGACUGCGAGCCCGGCACCUACGGCACAAUUAUGCCUGCAGACUAUGAGCUGCUGAGCGCUACCAACCCCAAGGUUCAUGGCCAGGAAUUUAUCCGCGGGUACGAUACCAUGGGCGAGAGUUACUACUGGCUUGGCCAGACGCCAGUCACGCCCAACCCAGAGGAGAUGGAGUUUUACCAGUCAUUUUUGGCGUUGACUCAGUCCCUGUUGCAAAAUGGGAGCAUCAAGCCCCUUCCGGCGGCGGUGAACAAGAAUGGUAGUGGACUGGAGGGCGCGCUGAAGGGUCUGGAGGAAAUGAGAGAGGGCAACGUCAGCGGAGAGAAGUUGAUUUACACCAUUUAA